AUGGAUCAGGGCCAUUCAACAGGCGCCCUGCAGCCUGGUGGGCUAAGGGAGAGAAAUGUAUCGCACCUUGAUUCAACUGGAGGUCGCGAUGCUUUGGCUGCUCAUGCUGAGUUGGAGAACAAGGAUAUGGACGGCAAGGAUAAGAAGACCUUUGGCCGCACGCCUGAUGGAACUGUGUUCACCGUGCCCCAAACCCAUGACAUGGUUUCGCAGCUCCUGUCCCCGUCCGAGCCGAAGAAUUUGUCGGAUUUGGUGGUUCUCGGUCUAUUGGCAGCCCAUAUUGGCUUGCUUUGGGUUCUUCCAGCGAGUGCUAGAAUUCCAGUCUUCGCUGUUGUGUACCUCUUCUGGCGGGCGGGUUACAAUGCGGGGAUUGGAUGGCUGCUGCACAACCAGUCGCACCACAGAACCAUGAUUCGGUGGGCAGAGAAGACAAAGAUUUUCGUCAAUCCAGCUACGGGAAAGAACCCGCACCCUAUUCUAUACAAUUGGAUUAAGCGGGAAAUGGAGACUAAGAUCCCCCACGACUAUUCCUUCGAAACUGCACCUAUUGAAUACAACACCUGGCUCGUCUUCCGCCGUCUAGUGGACGUGAUCUUGAUGUGCGACUUCACCUCCUACUGCCUCUUUGCGAUAGCCUGUGGUCACCGUCCUACCGAUGAAAGCGUAGUCAUGACUGUCCUACGUUGGGCCGCCGGCAUUGUGCUGGUGCUGUUCAACCUCUGGGUCAAAUUAGACGCUCAUCGAGUAGUGAAGGAUUAUGCCUGGUACUGGGGUGAUUUCUUCUACCUCAUUGACCAAGAGCUGACCUUUGACGGAGUCUUCGAGAUGGCUCCGCAUCCCAUGUACUCGGUCGGCUAUGCGGGCUACUACGGUAUCUCCCUGAUGGCCGCAAGCUAUAAAGUGUUGUUCAUCUCUAUCAUUGCCCAUGCAGCUCAAUUCGCCUUCUUGGUGUUUGUCGAGAAUCCCCAUAUCGACAAGACCUAUAACCCGCCUCCGCCUCGGAAGCGUUCCGUCGCGGAUUCGACCACCAGCCUGCCUAUGUUUCCAGACUCCCCAUCAGCGCCAACUCCGACUGCGACAACUCCGCUUGCGACAACUCCGAAUGCACCAACUCCGUCUGAGGAACUACCCCCCAAUGCGACUUCUUCGUACUCCGCCAAACCUCCGCCCUCGGUCCACAACAUGCUGGGCUUGAGCAACUUGGAUCUCUUUAGAACCACGGAUUCGUCGAUUAUUCUUGUUCAGCUACUUGUAUUCGCAGUGACGGCUUUGAGCCCCUCGACCCCGAUGUACCAAUUCUUCUUCGUGGUCAAUGCUCUUGUGUGGCGUGUAUGGUAUUCUCUAGGCAUCGGGCAUCUCCUCAACAACCAAUCCAGGGACAAAGCGUGGACGAGGCACUUCCUCAAAUUUGGUGAGACGCCACAGGAGGCUUGGAACCAGUGGAAGGGCACGUAUCACCUUAGUAUGAUCAUGUGCUACGCUAGCUUUAUCGCUGCGGUGUGGAAGAUGUACACCUUCCCAAGCGACUGGAACUACGGCCUGGUGCUCUUCCGCCACGUCCUCGGUGCCGGCUUGAUCAGUCUGCAACUCUGGACCUCGAUCAGCAUUUAUGACUCGCUCGGAGAAUUCGGCUGGUUCUUCGGCGACUUCUUCUUCGACGAAUCCCCCAAGUUGACCUACAACGGGAUAUACCGCUUCCUCAACAACCCUGAGCGUGUACUAGGUCUGGCUGGCGUUUGGGGUGCCGUUCUCAUCACAAGCAGCGGAGCAAUUACUUUCCUGGCUCUGGUGAGUCACAUCCUGAGUCUGGGUUUUAUUCAAUUCGUGGAGCGGCCCCAUAUGCAGAAGCUUUACGGCCGAAGCUUGCGCCAAGAUGGUGGUGUGGUCAAGAACCUGAAGAAAUCCCUCCCUCCGUCACUCAAGCAGCUGCAUGGCAGUGUGGACAAAAUGUUCGAUGACUCCUUUGAGUUUAUUGAGGAGCUUCUCGACAAUGCUCGCCCAAAGCUUGCUGCUGGAGUUAACACAUUCGUCAAAGAUACCAGCGCUCUGUUCCAAAAGUACCCGGCUCGCAUCACCAUUUCUCGGAUUGAUGCUGAUCUGGCUGGAUACGAUCUCCGUGACUAUUCAUUGUCGGUCGAGGGAACGGAUGCCAAGUCUCCAGAAGACCAGGGCCGUGAGGGAGACAAUGCGCGCAUGCCUUUAGACCGCCGUGGUGAUCAGAACCUGACUUUGGAAUACGGCGCCCCGAUCAAGGUCAAGUGGACUGCGCCGCUCAACCACAGCAAAAAGGACUGGAUUGGCCUCUAUCGGGUCACGGACAACACUUCCCGAGAGGUUACCCGUGUUUCGUCGCAGGGCCGUUGGAUCGCGACCAACGAGGGCUCCUACGACAACCUGACAUGUGAAAGAGGCAUUCUCACUAGUGACGUGGUCAUCAAGUCUUCCGACCAGAAGGGUCGUGACGGCCACGAGCUUGCAUCCGGAGAGAUCGUCUUUUCGGGUGACAAGCUAUUCUGGACACAGGGUGCCUUUGAAGUGCGUUACCACCAUAAUGGCGUGCACAAUGUCAUGUCUAUUUCCCGACCAUUUGAGAUCCGAAUCCCUCACUUUGAUGAAGUCGACACUUUCGAAGCGGGUGGUAUUGUUCAGCGCGCCGUUGAGAAAGCUCUCCUCCCUGUCGUUCGCAACUGCUUCGAUCGCGACCCUGAAGUUGCGCCCGAGACUGUCGAUGAGCAGUUUGGAAGCCUUGUGGAAAGAGAUGGCAAGUUUGCCAAGCGAGUUGUGUUCGCUGUCCAGCAGAUGUUCGGUGUUGAAUUAGCACCUGAGGUUGUUAAGGCCGAUGGCAAUGUAUUGAAUCUGGCCUGGCGGAUAUGUAACGCUAAGAAGGUUCUUGCUCCCUAUAGCAUGACCCGAUCAAAUGGCAGAUCGACGCCAGUCGACGUCAAGGGGGGAGAAGUUUCGCCGGGAUCUUCUCCUUAA